AUGAAUUGCCCGUCCCGAACAGAGGAGCCAGAGGGAGAUGGCUUCAACCAGAACCCAAGCUCUUUAUCGGCGGAUUUGACAACUAGGGAGGAUCUCAAUGGAAUCGCAAAUGCUCGAGAGCUGAGGAGGAUAGCGAGUAACGAAUUCAUGAGUGGCGUUGAUCAUCUUCCGGACGAUGAUGGGAUCCGGGGCAAGGGACGGGAGACGGUGGCCACGAAGGGGGUGGGCCAGCAGAGCAACCCCAUGGGAAACGGUCCUGGAAUGGUCGCUCCUAGUGUUGCUGAUGGAGAUCCUGCUGGUGCUGGGAGAGGGGAUGUGAAUGGGACUGGGGCCGAUGCUUCUCUCCCAAUCAAAAUUUUCAUGAAAAUCCGAAAAGGGGUCACGACUUAUGGAAAGUUCGUUGGUCCUGGUUUCAUGAUUUCAGUGGCUUACAUCGAUCCUGGAAAUUACUCUACGGAUGUGGCUGCUGGUGCUACCUACCGGUUCAGGUUGCUCUUCAUCGUUCUGAUGUCAAACAUCUUUGCCAUCUUUCUCCAAAGCUUGUGCAUCAAGCUUGGAAGUGUCAGUGGACUAAAUUUGGCUGAGGCUUGCAGAGCAUUUCUUCCUCGAUGGAUGAAUUAUUACCUCUAUGUCAUGGCCGAAGGAGCAAUUAUUGCUACAGAUAUUGCCGAAGUUAUUGGUACAGCUAUUGCAAUCAACCUUCUGGUUCCCCAAAUUCCUCUGGUCGCUGGAUGUGCGCUCUCGAUUGUCGAUGUACUUCUCAUUCUGCUUUUCUACAAGCCAAAUGGAUCCAUGAAGGGGCUUCGAGCAUUUGAGAUGUUUGUUGUAGCCCUAGUUCUAGGUGUUGUGAUUUGUUUCUGCAUUCAACUUAGCCUCAUUAAAGAUACCCCUGUAGGCGACGUUUUCCGUGGAUAUCUUCCAAAUUCUGCGAUAAUUGAGUCCAAGGGUCUCUACCAAGCCUGCGGUAUUCUAGGCGCAACCGUAAUGCCUCAUAGUCUGUAUCUUGGCAGUGGUAUUGUACAGGCACGUCUACAGGAGUACGAUAUCGACAACGGCAUUGUUCCAGUAUCUAUUCGCUCAGACAGUGUUGAGAAAGUGCAAUAUUACCCUUCACUUCCUGCCAUCAACUUCUGUCUCAAGUACUCCGUUAUCGAAUUGGCUGUCUCUCUGUUCACGUUCGCUCUGUUUGUCAACAGUGCCAUCUUGAUCACCGCAGGAGCCUCACUUUACGGUUCCAAGGCCGAGGAUGCUGAUCUCUUCGGUAUUUACCAUUUACUUUCCGACAGUAUUGCCCCUGCAGCUGGAACAGUCUUCGCUCUAGCCCUACUUUUGUCCGGUAUCAGCGCUGGAAUUGUCUGUACAAUUGCCGGACAGAUGGUAUCUGAGGGAGCUCUGAAAUGGACGAUUGCGCCCUGGAUGCGGCGUCUCAUUACCAGAAGUAUCUCUAUCACACCAAGCAUCAUCAUUGCUGGGGCUGUGGGGAGAGAGGGUCUUUCUGCGGCUCUGAACGGCUCUCAGGUAGCACUGAGUGUCGUUCUUCCCUUUGUGUCCGCUCCGUUGAUCUACUUUACUUGCAGGAAUAAGUAUAUGACUGUACGGACCAAUAGCACUUCGGAGCACUUUGAUGACGAGGAAGUGGAUAUUCCGAGCACCAGACCGACAUCACCAUCACCUGGAACGAAGAUGCGGAACAAUUGGAUCACUGCUACGCUUGCAGUCAUCAUUUGGGGAAUAAUUACGGUGAUGAACGUUGCCAAUCUAGUGUUGUUGGGCAAAGGAGAUGGCGCGUAA